CUUUAUGCCGCUGCCACCUUGGCCUUGGUGUUUAGUUAUCAGAUUGUUUUAUUCAGCGUCUCAAACACCACACAUUUUCGCAUCGAUAAAUUUCUUGAACACGGGUGGAUUCAAGCAAACAUUCGUGCGAUUUCAUUCCCAGUUUGGAGCCAAUCGGAUUUGCCGGAGUGCCAACUCCAAACGACACAAAAAGUCGACCUUGUCUGCUUUGUUUUUUUGCAGAAAACGAAUCCAAAAUAAACCAUGAGCGACUUCGACGACAUUCCCGACUUGGUCCCAGCCAGCGCACCAGAAUUGACUGAACCCGCGUCAGCCGCCCAGCCUUCACAAGAGCAUGAGAAAGAUCAGCGCAAGAUUCCUGUCACCAUCGUCACAGGUUUCCUGGGCAGCGGCAAGACGACAUUGUUGAACUAUAUCAUGACGGAACAGCACGACAAAAAGAUUGCCAUUAUUUUGAACGAAUUCGGUGAAAGCAGCGACAUUGAAAAGUCAUUAUCUGUCAAUAAAGACGGGGACCUCUUUGAAGAAUGGUUGGAACUCCGUAAUGGUUGCCUUUGUUGCUCAGUCAAGGAUAAUGGUGUACUGGCGAUCGAGAAAUUAAUGGAGAAAAAGGGAAAAUUCGACUAUAUCCUGCUGGAAACCAGUGGUUUAGCCGAUCCUGGUCCAAUUGCCUCCAUGUUCUGGUUAGACGAUGGUCUUGGCAGCGAUAUUUAUCUGGACGGAAUUGUUACCCUGGUCGAUGCAAAGCAUAUCCGCGAGUAUUUGAGAGAGAAGAAGGAAGAUGUAUAUAUCAAUGAAGCUCUCAAACAAAUCGCCAUUGCCGAUCGUAUCGUGAUCAAUAAGAAGGAUUUGCUUUCGGAGGAAGAGAUUGAGCGUGUCGAACAAGAUAUUCGAGCUGUCAAUCCUGUAGCCGACACUUUACGCACGGAAAAAUCACACGUACCAUUGAGCUUCGUACUCGAUAUUCACGCCUAUGAUACACACAAUGUUGAUGGUUUGGCUGCUCAGACAGAAAAACUGAACCAACACAGCCAGACGCACACACAUAAACUCGGUCAUGAUGUUCAAACGGUGUGCAUCCAAUUUCCGCAGCAGUUGGAUACUCUCCAAGGUUUGGAAACGUGGAUUCAAAUGCUAUUGUGGGAAAAGACCGUCCCCACUUUAGAAGGAGAGCCUCCUCUUACAGAUACGCCCGUGGUCGUACUCCGUCUCAAGGGAAUCAUUGGUCUUCCCAAAGAUAAAUUAUCUGCCAAUGAUCGCGACAAUGCUCGUAAACGUAUGGUGAUUCAAGGCGUUCAAGAACUGUAUGAUAUCCAGGAAGGAUUUGUUCAAGAAGGCUCCGAUGAAGAUUGUCACAAAAAUAAGCUUGUUUUAAUCGGCAAGAAUCUCGAUACAGAGGCCUUGAUCCAGUCCUUCUCUGCAUGGAUGCAUAUGGACCGCUCCCUCUUCAGCAUCGCGUAACACCGACAUUGACUCAAGAAUAAUCUUAUUGUUUUAUUGUAUACAGAAACCCCAUGUUGAGCAAUAGAUCAAUUAACCUUUUUUUUUUGCUGUAACUUUUUGUCUUGGACCGAAUAUCUUCUGUUCAUAUACGUAAAAAAUCACACAUUUGUUUUCUCAUCAGCGUACGCUGGGAUAAAAAUAAGAUUUAAAAAUGGCUUGGAUAAAAAAAAAAAUUACAAGA